AUGCUUAGCAGCACACUCCUUGUUGCCUCAGGCCUGGCGCCCGUAGCCUCCGCUGCUCUCUAUGAUACCGUGAUUGAGACCAAGUAUGGUCCUGUCAAGGGUUACCCUGCCUUCAACAGCACCAGCACUGGUAAUAUGACCAACUGGAAGGACAUCACUGUCUGGAAGGGCAUUCCCUUCGCAGCUAGUACUGGUGGUGAGAACCGCUGGAAGGCCCCUCAGCCUGCUAGCCCUUGGAAGAAGAACGGCACUUUGGACGCUCACACCUGGGGCCCUGUGUGCCCUUCUGUCACCACUGGAUACAACGACUACACCAUUGAUGAGGACUGCUUGAACCUCAAUAUCUGGUCUCCGGCCAAGAAGACCGAUGAGAAGCUCCCCGUCGUCAUGUGGAGUUACCCUGCCGAGUCGACUGCUGCCGAUCCCCUCUUUGACGGAGGUGGUAUGGCUGAUAAGGGAAUCGUUUUCGUCAACUACAAUUACCGUACCGGCCCCUUCGGUUGGCUCGCUCACUCUGAGCUAUCGGAGGAAUUCGAGAAGGUUACUGGUUCCAAUAGCUCUGGUAACUGGGGUAUGCUUGAUCAGUUCGCUGCUCUUAAGUGGAUUAGAGCCAAUAUUGCCGAUUUCGGUGGUGACCCCGAGCACAUCACCGUUCAGGGCCAGUCUGCUGGAUCUGCUGCUACCCAGCACAUUCUGUAUAGUCCUCUCACCAAGGGAUUGAUUGUUGGUGCCAUUAUUGAGAGUGGUGUCCGUGAUCCCCACGACCCUCUCUGCACUAGCCUGGCUGAGGCCUAUGGCACUCUCGAUACCGCUCUUAAGAGUGGUGUCACUUACCUCGAGAACCUGAACGUCUCUACCAUUGCUGAGGCCCGUGGUUUGACGAUGAAGGAGCUUAUCGGUGGUGCCACUGGUACCACCAGGGAGUCCACUAUCAUGUUCGAAGCUACCCUCGACUACUACGCCAUGCCCGACACCUACCUUAACAUCCUGAAGAAGGGUCUCGCCCAUGAUGUCCCCGUCAUUACUGGAAAUAACAAGGACGAAAAUGGUGCCACUUACGGUCUCGAGCUCACUCUCCAGGAGUACUACGAGGACUUGAACGAGACCUACAGCAGUGGCUGGGUGGACCGUUUUCUCGAGCUCUACCCCGCCAACGAGUCCACUGCUGCUGGCGCCUACAACUCCAUGUUUACUGACCGCUCCAAGGUCGGCACCUGGUUCUGGACUCAGAUGUGGUAUAGCGCCCGUCUGGAACUACUUCUGGGAUCACGCCCCCCGGGCCAGACCUCUGGUGCUUACCACGAGUCUGAGAUCAACUACGUUCUAAACAACCUCUAUGCCACUACCGAGCUGCCCUGGAAGGCCGAGGACUACGAGAUUGCCAAGAGGAUGAACGACUACUGGGCCAAUUUCAUUAAGACUGGUAACCCCAACGGUGCCGAUACCACUGUUGCUUGGCCUGCUGUCAGCUCCAAGAAGGAGGUCCAGCACGUUGGUGAUGGAUGGGGCCAGAUCCCUAUUGCCUGGAGCAAGAAGAUUACUCUCUUCAAGAACUGGUUCGCGACCCUCGUCGCUUAUUAA